UCGAAUUUUUUCCAACACGUAAACCGAUUCCGAUCCCAACUAUGGAUUCCCAUCGGGGAGAGGCAUCUGUUGUCUGGACGAUCACAUUCGAAACAUGAACAAUAAGCAAAACCAGGGGCUUAUCGUAAUGUGGGCAUGAAAUCGAUCCAAGACAUCCGCUUGGUGUAAUAUGAGGGCAAAAGGAAAAACAAAAAAACAAAAACAAGAAGAAAAGGUUGUCAAUAUUCUGGUCUCUGUUGAACACAUAUGGCAAACACGGCAUGCUUUAUAAUUGUUGGUAGGAAUGACAUUCCUAUCUAUGAAGCUGAAGUGGGAUCUGCACCUAAAAAGGAAGAAGCAGCUCACCAGCACCAAUUUAUUUUACAUGCAGCAUUAGAUAUUGUUCAGGACCUUGCAUGGACAACAAGUGCCAUGUUUUUGAAAGCAGUGGAGAGGUUCAAUGAUCUGGUGGUAUCUGUGCAUGUUACUGCAGGUCACACUAGAUUGAUGCUGCUUCAUGAUUCUUGUAAUGAGGAUGGGAUAAAAAGUUUCUUCCAAGAGGUUCAUGAACUAUAUAUAAAGAUACUUCUGAAUCCGCUUUACUUGUCUGGAUCUCGCAUCAUAUCCUCUCACUUUGAUACCAAAGUUAGAGCUCUUGCAAGAAAAUAUCUGUAGUGGCAGGUGUCCUCCAUCAAGAAUGAUGGGAGGCUUGGCGUCCUCCAUCAUCAUUCAUAACAAGUCUUGUUUUGAUAUGGAUGACAAAUACUAGUCAAUUGUUGAUCUAUAUAUUUUUUUAAUUCCUCUUUUGUCAAUGAACUCUAGAAAUUGCUAAUUGGCAGGUCCACCGGGUAUUUUCUGUGAUGAUACAAUCAUUGCUCGGGGAGCCUGCCUACAUCUUGAGGUCAUCUCAAGAAAUAAGAAGUUUACAACUUAAAAUAUAUAAUGGAGUUUCCA